AUGGCUGACGAACCAAUCUUUUUUGAGAUGCUGCCGGAUAACCGGCCUCCACCACGCUGGAGGCACACGACUGCGGACCGUGUCGCGAUGGUGGCUGACAAUCGAACAGAGACCCAAUAUGGAUUCGCAACAAUAGAGAAGCCGUGUUGGCAGAUCGUGAUUCGUCGAGGAAUAAAGAAACAUCCUGACCUGCUGCCUUUGAUGGGAAGCAUCGAGACGCCCGAGUGGGUGCAGUUCUAUCGAGAGCUGGUUCCAGGCGAUGACGUCCAACAUAAGGCCUUUGGCCUUUAUCGGUAUGACCUGAGGGGCAAGGAGAGGUUCUUUAGAGGCCAGGACGAGGAUAAGCUGACCGAACUGUGGUAUAUAGCACCCGGUACCGACUUUGGCUGGAGCUUAAACUGA